AUGUAUAGAGGAGGAGAUGACAGAGACGCUCUUCUCUUUGGCUCUGUCAGCAGCCAGACCUCAUCAGAAGCGAGUAAUGCUCCUACGGGGUCUACGCAGCUCGCUGCUGCAGAUCCUCACAUCUUCCCCGAAAGCCAGCCACCAGCAUCACUGACUCUCCAGUGCAAGAGCUCUACGACAGUGGAAAACGCUUGCGAGAGCCAGAUUGCGCUACAGCAGACCGGUGCGCAGCAGCAACAGCCCGCCCGCCGUCACCGCCAUAUUUCUCUGUUUGCCUCGAUCGAACUGGCGCGUCCAAAUGCGCCUCUACCUGCUCAUGAGGAGCGCUCCACCUUUUUUCCAGCCUCUGAGUUGUCUCAGAAGCUUAACGCAUUUCCAGGGGCGGAGCUGAUGAACUGUGUGUCAGCAGCGCCGGCCGGUGCUAACAGCACGGAGACGGGCCUCCUUCCCUGCACCGCAUCUGUUGCUUCCUCGGCUCAUUGCCAAGCCGAGAAGAGCGAUGCACCCUCAAUAUGUACGGCACAGCGAAAAGAGCGCAGCUCAGUGCUGGUUGGGGGGGAGGAAGAUAAAGCCCCCAUUGGUAAUCAUUGCACCUGCGCGUGCUCCAAUCAGUUGUGCUGCGGCGGUGAUAAUAAGCAAGGAAAACUUGGGGUGCGGAGUUCUAAAUCUGUUGAGGGGUGCCUGGAUCGCACGCCGUUGGGGAAGCUUGAGGCCCACAGAUUCGUGGCACAGGAGCUGCAGGAGAUUCAUCGGAUGAUCCAGGCAAGGGCAAUUCGACUGCGGCAACAGGAAGAAGAAACGUCAGCUGCUGUUGCACAGGCGACGAACUCACUCCGCCGAUAUGCCCAGCAGCUGUUAAAUCAGGCUGCAGAGAAGCUCGAAAGGCUGGCAAUGGAACAACGGAAGCAAACAGAGGCAGUGGCUGAGAAAGCCGCAGCGAUUCUCCGUAGAGCCACGGAGGCUCGGUGUGCAGUGCGUCACGAGAGGAACCUUCUGGAGCAGGCGCGGAGGCGGUACGGAGGGGAACAACAACUGAAGCUGAGAGUAGCAACUGAAGAACUGGAUGCGGAGCGCCGUCGCUGCGUCGACCUCGAAGCUCAGCUGGAGGCGCUCCAACAAGAAAACCGAAAACUUCGCGCGGCCCUGCGUGCACAACCGCUCCAAACGCGGGGUGUAUUCAACAGCAAACAACUGAGUGCUACAGAUGCGUCUUCUUUAAACAGGAAGCGUCAUCCAGCUCUCGGAUGCCAGCCCACUGCCCGUUGCACUACUCAGCAGGGCUCCGUAGAAACAGCUUCUCUCACGGCAGUGGUGCUCCCUGCAGUACCUCCUUCCAAGGCGGCGCGCGGCGGUUGUCUUUCCUGUUCAAGGCAACCGAGGAAGAGCAUUGGUGUUACCAAUCGCUCGACAGGAGGGGUGGGGCGCCAGGCACUUGUAGAUGUGGAGGUGCGGCUGCCUCCUGCUUCCUGUUCAGCGACCUCAGCUCGCUCAUCCUGCAACGAAACACACACUCAUGAAGCAGGCAGCACAGGUGCUCAAGGCGGCGCAGAUCGUUCACAGCUGCAACCUCAAGGAUCUUCAUGCCCGCCACAGGCAGGCGCAUCAUCCCGUCACACCGAAGACACGUGUAAUUCCAAAUGCUGCCAAACGACCAGCAGUAUACGUCAGCAUAAACACCGCAACCGUUCAGCGGGCAGCAGUGCAUUUCGAACGGACGAGUCUACCAGCAGCAACGGCAGCAUGAGCAGCAAUAACAAGCUUGAGCGACGGCGCCGCUGGCGCCGAAGGGUUCGGCAUGGAAGUGCUCGGCUGUCUCGCUCUGUCUCUCAUGGGUCGGUCAGUACCAGCAGUAGCAGCGCUGCGCCUGAGCGUGAGGAGGGCCGUCGCCGCUCUCAUUCGACGAGGCGCGCAACACGUAUUUCACAGCACCAGCGUAUUUCUUUUUCUGUUCCACAGAAGCCACAUCUGCAGCAGCCUUUGCAGGCGGAUGACGGCUCUUCCUCGAGUUCCUCCCUGGCUCGUCGGCCCCGAAGUGGUGGUCAUAAAGUAGCACUUCGCGGAGAUGUCGCGGGGCGGUUACAGGCUUCCCUAAUGCGACUACAAGAGCGACAGGCGCUGCAGGGGAAGAUACAGAAUAUUGCAAAGCAACUUCUGCACCCACAUCAGCUUUAUCCGGCUGCAGCGAAUGAGAGUAAACCUCCUCCAAAGCGCUGGCAGUAG